CCCGGAUGAAACCAUCAUGGCUGCCACUCGCUGAGCUGUCAAGCUCUUCACAAAAGGAGAAAAGAGAAACCAGACGAAGCCAAACCUCAUGGAUGUGGUGGAUAUUUGUGCUGCCACCUCCACUGGAGAUCACAAGCAUGGCGUCAAGAAGAAGAACAGAACCUGGCACAAGCGUCUCGAGCUCAGGAAGGCUGCCGUUCGGCCCCCAGCCGUGCAAAGUGCAGAUAAGAAGAGCCCAGAGCAGAUAGCAGAGUGGGAGCAGAGCGCUGCGUGGCUCCCCCCAAACAAACCUCCCCAGGAACACGACAGUUCACUCAGGUUCUUGUGUCCUCAGUGCAAGGACACUUCGGAGUACGCUCCAAAAGACUUGGUGAGACACUUUGAAGAAAAACACAGGGGGAGCCCGCCGGUUUUCUCCUGCCACACGUGCACCUUCAGCACAAACAAGUUCUCCUUCCUUCAGGUUCAUCUCUUAAGCCACAAGGACACGUUCUCUAGCUGCAGCAUGUGCAACGACAACGUUCCACGCACAUGGCCCGAGUUCUGCGCACACCUGACAAUGUAUCACUGCCCAGGUGGUAAAUAUUCCUGUGCAACAUGCCGCAAGUUCUCCACGGGGGACUUGAGAGGCUUUCUGGAACACAUUUAUGGACAUAAAUUGAACCUGGAGGAAGCUGGAGACGAGCAGGACGGUAAAACUCAGGCUAGUCCGUUCUGCGGUUUUGAGGCGUGUGAGAAACUGUCGAUCGCCAAAGGCGUCAAAGCUGGUCACGUUUGUCAGAACGGUAACCAGAGGAAGAGGCGACUGCAUUCCAUUUCAGUGAAACCAAAUAACACAAGCCCUGGAAUCAAAACCAGGAUGACGAGAAGCUCGGUGAGGGAGACACGCUGGCUGCCGCAGGACUGCCUGUCUCUGCCGGGGAGAGAGUUCCUGGACAAGUACUGCCACCUGUCCGAUCCGCAGACGACGCUCGAGGAGACCCAGCAGUUUCUGAUGGAGACCGUCGCUGCGGACACCGACCAGAAGUGGACCGAGGCUCUGAAAACCGUUCUGUCAAACGUUCCACCGGACAUGAGCCUUUACCAAACGGAGAACAGCAUCGACACGGCGGACCUCGCUGUCCUCACGGUCAAGAACCAGAUAACCGUAGCUCAGAAUUACGCCAAACGGUUGAAAGUGUCCGCUGAUAAGAAAGUCGUUUGUCUCGAAAGUGCCGCAGGGGACCAAAAUGAACGGGACUUCAACCGGAGGGAUGAAAGUCAUCGUCCGCAGGCGGAACAUAAACUGCACAGUGACACCUCGGCGGCUGAGCCGUCUUCGUGUGCUGGAACACAGGAGAACCGGGAAAAUCAGGAAUUAAAGAUGGACGGAGAAACGAACGUAGAAGGCAACACCGUGGGCGACAAUCCCCGUAGUUCAGGUGACGUAAAAGACGAGGCCACGGAGAAGACGUCUGACGGCAGAGUCCUGUCCAGAGGCAAGAAGCAAAAGAGACGACGAAGAAGAAAGUCCAGGUUUAAAAAAGUCCAUACAAAAGCCUUAAAGGUUGUCCUGAAGGAAAAGCAACGGGCUUCACAAAGUUCAUCUCCAGAAGAACCGUCUUGUCCUCCUGCAGCUCCAGACACAGUAGAACUUCUUAAUGACGCAGUGGACUGUUUCAGCCUUGACCUUCAGGAAGCCCCUGGAACCAGGACUUUGAUUGACCAAUCAGAGUCUAUCUGCUGCUCUGUGGAACCAUCUGGACCUGAAGAUAGAACCAGGCCUGCAGCACUUGCAGGAUCUUCAACUCGCCAAGAGACGCCAGGCGACUCAGAGGAGCCAGAUCUUCCCUCGGAGGCUGACGUUGGCAGGAGCAGAUCAGCUGAUGGAACGAUCUGGACCAAUCAGAGGGCUACGUCUGGGACAGAAGAUACGAGCUGUGAAGACCUGCAGCUCCAAAACACCCAAACGGGUUCUGACGGUCCAAUAUCAGAGGACCGGAGUUUCACCGCUGCUGGGAUUCUUCAUAACCCUGAGGGUUCAAAGUAA